AUGCGUACCGAAGCGAAAGAGCCGUGUAGCAUUGCACCCCUAUCGUACAGUAGUGUUUGGGAUCCGGGGUGUUUAUUCUGCGUGCUUGACUCCGUCAGGGCGUGUUUGGUGAUGGCGCAGCUGCUGGAGGACAGCUCGUUCUGUGAGGAGUUUAUUCAGCAGUGUCCCGCAGCGGUGGAGGUGCUCAACCUGAUCGCUCAGGAGUGCAGUCCUGGAGAGCGUUUAGUGAUGGUUGAGGCUCAGUGUGAGCGGGUUCGGAUGCUGUAUCGAGACUGCGCUCGUCCUCCACCUCCUCCAGUGCAAACCGAUCAACGACAGCCUAAGGAAAUCACGUGGUGCCCGUCACGCGUCUUCCCUCCGGUGCGCGCCUGCAUGUUCUCCUCACACUUGACCUCUGUGACCUUUCUGGCCGAUCCGAGCGCAGGCGGAGGCCUUCCCAGAGGAACGUUCAUCUACGCCACUUCACCUGUGCCUGUCCAGGCUCCUUCCUUUUACUGGGAGAUCGAGGUUGUUUCUUUCGGAGACUCGGAGGAUGACAGCGGCCCUGUAGUUUCGUUCGGUUUCUCCCCGGAGGCCGAGAAGAGAGACGGCGCUUGGACCAGUCCUGUGGGCACCUGUCUAUUCCACAAUAAUGGGAGGGCGGUACACUAUAAUGGCUCCAGCUUGCUGCAGUGGAAGAGUGUGAGACUAGACGUGGCUCUACUUCCCGGUGAUGUUGCAGGCAUCGGUUGGGAGCGUCUGGAAGGCACUCCUCCUCCCCCCGGCCAGCCUCCCAAAGGACGAGUGUACUUCACCUACUGCGGCCAGCGUCUCGCUCCUUAUCUGGAGGACGUGGCCGGAGGCAUGUGGCCUGUAGUCCACAUUCAGAAGAAGAAUACAAAGAUUCACGCAAACUUCGGCUGCCGGUUGUUUGCGUACGCAGAGGGACAGGCUCACCGAAACGCCGCCGAUCUCUGCAUGGACCUCUCAGAGGAGAUCAGCGCCAACUUCGAGGCUCUGCCCUUCGCCAUGGCCUCCGACAGCGACAACGACGCCGGCACGAGCGUGGCAUCUGACUCCGGGUCUCACGGCCCCCCGUGUCGCAUCGCUGCGGUCGUCACAGCACAGCAGCAGUACAGCAGCGAUGCCUCUUGUCACUAUAAGGUUGAACUGAGUUAUGAGAAUCUGGUCGUCUCCGGGCCAAACGCUCAUCCGCCACCGAUUGCUGAUGAUGAGAGCGAUGAUGAAGAUGAUGAAGAUAUUCCCAGGGUAUGAAGAGCUCAUAACCAGGCCCUUAAAGGAACACUCCACAACUCCCCUAGAGUUAAACCGUUGAGUUUUACCGAUGUUAGUCAACACAUGGAAGUAAGUGUACUUGAUAAUUACAAUGGUGUGCUUUACUGACGGAUGGUGGAUAUCGCUCGUCAGACCGUCGAGUUCCUGUAUGAAGAGAAUGGAGGGAUUCCUCGAGACCUCUACCUCCCAACCAUCGAGGACAUCAAAGACGAAGCUAACAAGUUCACCAUCGAUAAAGUCCGCAAAGGUUUGACAGUCGGCAUCCGCUGCCCUGAGGGAAACAACAGCAGCAGCAGCACAGCUCUGCCGAAGUUUGCCAUCCGGGGCAUGCUGAAGACCUUCGGCCUGCAUGGAGUCGUGCUCGAUGUCGACUCUGGCAGUGAGCUGGUGCAGGUGGAGACGUAUCUCCGCAGUGAGGGAGUGUUAGUUCGGUACUGGUACCCCAUUGAGACGCUGGAGAGGCCGCCGGCAGGAUCCCGCAGGGCUGCAGCGAACGGCCUGGUGUCUCUAGACAGCAGCAACAUCCAGAUUCACCGGGAGCUGCUGCGCUGUGAAAGUGCUCUGGCGCGUCUCUACUGCCGCAUGGCAUUGCUCAACAUCUUUGCUCCCAAGAGCCCUCACACGUUCACACGUCUCUUCCACAUCCCCGCCGUGCGAGACAUCACACUUGAGCACCUGCAGCUCUUGUCCAAUCAGCUGCUGGCUCCGCCUCUGCCAGAUGGCAGAAUCAGCUCAAACUCUAUUCUGCUGGCUCAGUCCGUCCUCCACGAGCUGCAGGGCGAGAGCUGCUCCCCGACCGAGCUCUUCUAUCAGGGACACGCUCAGAGCAUCCGCGAGUGGCUGACGGUGGCCAUCAGCAGAGCCCUGCAUCAGGGAGAGGACAGCCUCCUCGAGCUCACUAAACAGAUCUGCUGCUUCCUACAGAGCGCUCCAGAGCAGUUCACACUGGAAGAGUUUCCCAUCACAGAGUCCAAGGUCAGCAUGGACGUGAACUUCCCUGGCGCCGCGUUUGUGGUCGUCUCUUGCAAAGAGAGCCAACUGAGCUGCCGUAAAGACUCCUCUCUAUACAAGGCCCCUUGGACUCGCUUAAUGGUGUAUGGACUUGGUCAUAAGGUUCGACGAAACGGCCAGCUGAAUCUGAUGGAGGCAGUGUGCUACCCGCUGGACGCUUCCCCGUCCAAUACAGGACUCACCCCUCCACCCACAGCCAACCAGUAUCCCAGCAUCAUCAUCCCCACCGACAAAGUGCAUGUCAAACUAGGUGUAGCUCCCCCUCCUGGUGCAGUGCUGGUAUUGCACUCGUUGCCUCUUGAGUUUCCCUUGGCCAUGGCUUUUGCUGAACAGCUGCUAACCUACACCAUAGGGGAAACCAUUGACCGCUCUGAGGAUGAGCUGGACACUGUGCCCACUUCUGUGCUAAUGCAGGUUGUAGAGUUGCUGGGUGGGCUUCUGUGGACCACCGAUCUUGCUCCGUGCAUCAAGGAGCUGAUCUUCCACUUGCUUGCGGAGCUUCUCCGCAAGAUCCACGCCUUCGAGCGUCGCAAAACCCCCUCGGGGCUGUCUAGCCACAUUACAUUGCUUCUCAACCCUUGCCUAACAGUCCUUAUGUUUCUUCAAUCCGAGCUGCGAAAACUUUACGACCACGAGACCCAAAACUGGGGGCCAGUUAGCGGAGGUUCCUGCACUUCCGCAGCGGGUAGCAGCGGAGCGCUUGCGCUCGUCACCGAGCGGAGCCGCUUCUCGACCUACUUCCAUGCCCUGAUGGAGGUGUGUCUGGCAGUCGCCGAAGUAACUCUGCCACUCAGUUCGGGUGCGGGGACAUCGGUGGUAGGCGUCCCCUCGUCUACAAGUGCCACCAACUGUAGUGAUUCCUCAUCCUCUUCAUCAUCCUCUCCGGGCCAAACGCCCCAAAGUCCAAGCUUGCUUUCGAAGCGCAAAAAGGUGAAGCUAAAGCGCGAACGGGCAGCGGUCACAGUUGCAUCGGCAGCUGCCGUCUCAGGGAAACAUGGUUCUGGAAGUGGAGCGAGACCAUCAGAAUGUGACAGUGCUUUACUAAACAUGGCCGGAGGGAAGCCAGAGGACAUGUUGUGGUUUCACCGUGGGUUGACGUUACUCUUGAUUUUGCGGCACCUUACUAACAAGGACCCGCAAGGUCUGGGUGUCACUGAAGAUGCGGUUGCAGAUGCUUGCCAAGCCUUGGUUGGCUCCACCGCUCACAGUCGUUUGCUCGUGCUCUCAGGAAUCCCGACUCACUUAGAGGAAUCCGUGGUGCGCAAUGCAAUCCGAAGGGCUUGCAACGCACACGGCGGUCUCUUCAAGGAUGAGAUCUUUAUUCCUGUUCAAGAGGAGGACCCUAAAAAAGCCAAAGCUGAAACUUCAGGUAUUCUCCAAGAUGCAAAGCGAGAUUGCACUGCAGGAAGCCCAAAUAGCAUCAGCGCAACGCCAGCAAUGAGUGCCUCGGCUUCAGCGAGCCAGACGUCGGUCUCCGGCUCUUUACAGGGAGCUUCCAGGGCUUCCGGUGAGCUGCUAGUGAACCAAGAGCUGGUAAUCCCUCAAACAGCACCUUCCCAGCCACAUGCACCGCUGGAUCCCCACACGGUCUCCAGUCAGGAGAGUCUGGAUGUGUCUCUUUGUAGCACAGGAAGUCAAGGUAGUCUCGGCAGCAUUGGAGAGCAGUUGGAUAGUGGUGCGACGUCAGUCUCAGAUGGGAGCUCCAUGUACACCGUUGCCUCGCCAGACAUCCAUGCCAGUGUGACACGACCAAUCAAAGGCUAUGCUGUCAUAGAGGUGAGGGCACGGGCCCAAGUAGAGAAGAUUCGGGCCAGUCUUUUUAACAGCAGUGAUCUCAUUGGCCUUUCCAAUCUGGAAAGAGAGGAGGAGCUAAUGGAGAUGACCAAUGAGGAGAUCCUCACCGCCUCCAGUGUAAAUCAGAGUUUGUUUGACACACAAGGGAGUUCUGCCCUGGAGGAGUACUUCCUUGACAAAUCAAUCAGAGGAGAUAAAUUGGUUCCUGAAGCACGUGAUGGGCUGACAGACAUCUUUAAGAGCUGCAUAUGCGCAGAGCAGGUGCUGAGCUCCGUACCAACAAAACCAGUGAAAGUAUCGGACAUUUAUCUGAGCAAAGAGCAGAUGAACUCUCAGACACCAGGAAACCUGCUCCACGUGUUUUUUACACACAUACGGCCUCCCAAGAAGGUGCUUGAUGACCAGCUCACGCAGAUUCUCCGUAAAUAUGGCACAGUAAAGCCCAACAAAAACAAGCACAGCAAGGCAGGCAAAGAGCAGCACCAAGGCAAAGUGGUCAGCACAAAAAGACCCAUCACCAAACCCCCGGCCAAAGAGAAGUCCAUGCUGAACAGUGUUAGAACUGUACUAAGUGAGAAAAAGCCAGUCCUUAAGCCAAAAUCUCCUGAGAAGACCAAACCUGAUGAAAAAGACCCUGAAAAGUCUCCCGCCAAAAAGCUUGAAGUGCCAGAAGAGAAGUUUCUGACCCUGGAAGGUUUCCACAAGUUUACUCUAGACAGAGCCAAGCAGGAUAUUCGCAGUGUUUGGCGGGCGAUCCUGGCGUGCGGUUACGACCUGCACUUUGAAAGAUGCACGUGCAUCGACUCCCGACACGCUCAGAAAGCCAGUAGAAAAUGGACCUUUGAGAUGGACUUUGCGCUGGUCCAGUUUGCUAACCGUCUGUGCCGACACCUGGCCAUCACUCCUGCACGCUUGCAUCCUCAUGAAGUUUACCUCGACGCCAAGGACACCGCCGACCCCCAGGUCGCAUGCUUGUUAGGCGUUCCAGUGGAGAGUUUGCGUCUGCGGUUUGCUUUGCUGCAGUCGCUCAACAGCACGCUGGAGAGCUUCUUCCUGCCGUUAGUCGAGCUGAGGCUGACGCAAACCUAUCAAAACAGCAUCGCGACGCUUCUGUGCGAAGCCAAAGGCCUGAUUUUUUACGACACCAAAGUGAGUUUUAUGAACCGGGUGCUGAACGCAAGCGUCCAGCGCACAGCGGAUCACGCCGCUCCUGAGAUCACGCUCGACCCGCUGGAGAUAGUGGGAGGAGAGACGCGUGCAGCAGAGAACACGUACUUCUGCCAGGCGGCGCGUCAGCUGUCCUGCGUCCCGUCGUCUCAGCUGUGUGUUCGGAUCGCCAGCGGAGGAGACCCCACCUACGCCUUCAACAUCCGCUUCACCGGGGAGGAGGUCCACGGCACCAGCGGCUCAUUCAGGCAUUUCUUGUGGCAAGUCUGUAAGGAGCUGCAGAGUUCGGCGCUCUCUCUUCUCCUCCCGUGUCCCAGCGCUGCGGCAAAUCGCAAUAAGGAUGAUAGCACAUGCUUCUCAUACAUUGUGACGCCGUGCCCCAUCACUUACGCAGAAGAGCAGCUGCUGAACUUCUUCGGCCAGCUGCUGGGGAUCGCCAUCAGGGCAGACGUGCCUCUGCCUUUGGAUCUGCUCGGAUCCUUCUGGAAGGGUCUGGUCGGUGAAGCGCUCGACCCAGAAUCUGACUUUCGAGAAGCCGACCUGCUCACAUACAACCACAUCAGGAAGUUUGAGAAUUUGGCCGAUGAGGCGGAGCUGGAAGCGUUGUGUGCUGAAGUCUCGUCGCAGAGCCACUUGAGCGAGAGCCCGGAUUCACCGAGCCGUCCCUGCUGCACGUUCACUUACAUCACCAUGACCGGAGAGGAAGUAGAGCUGUGCCACGGAGGAAGUGACAUCGCUGUCAGCUGGGAGAAUAGAGAUGUGUAUGUGCGAGCGGUGCGAGAUCUGCGCCGGCGGGAGCUGCAGAAUGUGGAGUGUAUGUCGGCCGUCCGCGCCGGUCUGGGCUCCAUCAUACCCCUGCAGCUCCUGACCUUACUGAGCCCCGCUGAGAUGGAGCUGCGCACCUGCGGCCUGCCGGACAUCGACCUGGAGUUCCUCAAGGCUCACACUAUGUAUCAGGUGGGACUGAUGGAGACGGACCAGCACAUUGAGUUCUUCUGGGCCGCGCUCGAGAUGUUCACGCAGGAGGAGCUCAGCAAGUUCAUCAAGUUCGCUUGCAACCAGGAGCGAAUCCCCUUCACCUGCCCCUGUAAAGACGGCGGCCCCGACACGGCUCACGUGCCCCCCUACCCCAUGAAGAUCGCCCCACCUGAUGGGGCGGUGGGUUCCCCAGAUCUGCGUUACAUCCGCGUGGAGACCUGCAUGUUCAUGGUCAAGCUGCCGCAGUACUCUUCCCUCGACGUGAUGCUGGAGAAGCUGCGCUAUGCUAUCCACUAUCGCGAGGAUCCUCUCAGCGGUUAAACCUGAUUCCUCAGAUCCCCGUCGACCACACGACCUUACUUCAGUUCUCACUUCUUCUUCAAGAAUAGUCAUGACGGAACUUGAUCAGCCCAGACCAGCUUGCCUUUACGGAGACUAGCGUUAGCGUGCGUUUGUCGGCGAGUUUGACAGCAGCUCGCGGUGGUGAGGAGUACGCCACAAUUUUAUAAAAUGACCUACAUGUGCUGUUCUUCAACAAAUGUGAAGGAAAUAGCACUGUAACUGUUUUUCUCCCUUUUUAAACAUUUAAUCUCUUUCUCUUGCUCUCCCUCUCAUUUAAUCAGUCUUUCAUCAUUGCAUUCCCAGUGUGCCUCAGCACCUUCUCUCCAUUAGUGACAGCGAUUGUUGACGCACAUUCAUCUAAAGAGAUGCCGAAUUUAGCUUUGCACAGGACUUAAACUUUCCGCUCAAUGUUAUACUUGCAUCUUUCAGGAUACAUUUGGGGUGAAUCUCACGAAACCGGUCAAGAACAUGUCCAAAAAAAUAAACCCUUUUUGUACCAUGAAUGUUUUUCUUUUUUGCAUAUUUCCCCAAUUCUCAUUACCCUAAUGCACCUCGGUUUUUGUUGCUUUUUUGGAAUUUUCCCCCAAUUCUCAUUACCCUAAUGCACC